AUGACAAUGGAUUUUGAAGUUGGUACUGUUGUUUAUGCCAAACUCAGAGGAUAUCCUUGGUGGCCAGCAAGAGUAACAACUGAAGAUGAACAGAUUCCAUCCCAAAACUUUUCCGAGGGCUCUGAAAUUAACUUUACUUCUCCUGUUAUUCUAUUAAUAGGGAUAACAGGUGCUGGAAAAAGUACUCUCGGUAACUUGCUUCUCGAUCAGCCAUAUGACAAAGGCCCUUUUGAGGUUUCAUCAGGCAUGGAAUCCUGCAUGCAAAAAUGUGGCACAUCAACAUUGAAAAUCGAUGGAGUUGCUUAUAAACUUGUUGACACUCCAGGAAUUUUUGAUACACAAAGGGUUACUGACGAAAUUCUCACGGAAAUUGCCAAAACAAUUCAUAAAUGUGCUUACAGUGUCAAAGCUAUCCUUUUUGUUUUUGAAGCAAGGUGGUUUACCGAGGAGCAAAAGAGUGUCUUGCAAAAUAUAAAUUUAUUUCUUGGGGAAGGCACAAUUGAUUAUAUCAUUGCUAUUUUUUCUCAUGCGACCAAAAAGCAGAAUGCCAGUAGGGAUGAAAUGCGAAAUGCUUGGAAUUCGACUGUUUCAUCUUUCAUCAGAAGACUAGAUAACCGCUGGGGAAUAUCCCCAAAUUCUGACUAUUAUCCCCCAGAUGAUCUGAAAGAAGAACAAGCAAAAAAGCAAUAUGAAGAAAAAAAUUUAAUGAUAAAAGGGAAAGAAGAGGCCAAAAGAGAGUAUAAUAAAAACAUGGCUGGAAUUGAUCAAAAUUUGGAUUAUUUGAAUGCUUUGAAAGCAACUAUUGAAGACCUAAAGUCACAAAUUGAAGAGUUGAAAAAAAGGUACAAAUACAAACAAACAAACGACUGUUUUGCUCUUGAUACAAAGGUGCAACUCGCAAGCGGUAAAGUGAUAGAGAUGGCAGAACUCCAAGUUGGCCAAAUUCGCAUGACAUCUACGCACUGCAUUUUCCGUAGUGAUUUAUCAAUCUUGUAUGCUCAAGAUGUGGUGCCUGGCAAGACCAAAAUUCUGGUUUUGGAUAAAGCGAAUGAACUUAUUCCUGUCACUGUUGAUAACACUGGCUACAUCAGUUUCUAUACACGUGCCGGCACCGUGAUUGCCAAUAACAUUUUAUGUUUGUGCUAUGACGAUUGCCCACCAUCACAAUUUUUAAUGAACCUGGCGUUUGCACCAAUUCAAUUAUGGACUAAAGUAUUUCCCUCUACCCAUCGUCAGAAAGAACUUCACCCAUACGUGCAAAUCCUGGAAACCGCCUAUGUCACUUGGUGCAAAGCGAAAUUAAUUCGUGCAGUAUAG